AUGAGCUGGGAUUACCCCUAUAAAUACUUGAGCUCUAUACAGGAGGUGUUGACCAGUGAACCCGAAGACACGCUUAUCAGCACACAAGCUGAGUCUCAAUCAGAGGACCUCAUUCUGUUCACAAGACUCUGGGAACUCACCGAGGGGCCCAGCACAUCUGGCACGGCUUCUGAGAGUCUCCCUGGCUUCUACAGCAGAUGGAGACCCGAAAGCAUGGAAAAUCAGGAGAAACAUAUGGAGCCAGUGCAGCCAGGAAACAGUUCUUUGAGUACAUCUAUGCAAGAGACAAACAACAGCAAUAUUGUCCAGCAACACGCUCAUGCAUCAGAGCCAGGUUUCAGUAGCAGUGCAGAGGAGGAGGAGACAUCAGGGUAUGAGAGUGAAGAGUGCCGUUCUCUCUCACCUGGGGCCCCAAAGGACACAGCUCAAUCGGUAUCGCCCUCUACUGGCCGCAGGCCCCGAACGGCUUUCACCGCCGAGCAGAUCAGCAGUCUGGAGAAAGCCUUCAAAAGAAACGCUUAUCUCGGAGCCCAAGACAAAGCAGAGCUCUGCAAAAGACUAAAUCUGUCAGAUAAACAGAUUAGAAACUGGUUCCAGAACCGUCGAAUGAAGCUGAAAAGAACCGUUCAGGACAACUUGGCUCACGCGUGUCAGGCAAAGGUCGCGUCCCAUUUGAUGCACUAUUCUGACCUGCACAGUUACCGACCCGCUCCGUAUCCCAGCUACUACUCAGGAGUACAGGAGAGCCCGGCAACUUACGCCCAGUGUCCCACAGGCUUCCACUACAAUCCGGCCGCAGUGGGAAGCAUCCCGACCCUGCCCGUGGAGGCCUUGUACCCGUACAGCACCCUACAGAGCUUGCCAGUGCACCCUAGUAACACCUCCAUGAUGGCACCGUACCAGCCUUACCACUCUCAGUUCUACAACACACAGUGAGAAGAGAGAACGCCAACAAAACUUUAAUUUCAGACCAUUGUUGCUUAUUUGGCAUCGUUUACAUGUGUGAAUACAGGGGGCAGGGAUGGAUUACUGACCGGGCCAAUGGGGCCAGGGGCCUUUGCAAGGGGGUAAAGUGCAAUCGAAUGUGAUUUUUGAGUUUGGUGAUGCUGUUUAUGUUGUUUGACAAAUUAUUUAAAUAUGUUUGUAAAACUUGAAAAGUUCUAUUUCAUUCAUGUUUAUGUG